GUUAGCUAAAAAACAGUGUAGAACGGGAUGUUGUAGGGAUUGUUUGGGCUCGUUUAAGAGCCGUAUUUAAUGAUCUAGAAUCGUAGCAGAGAGGCAAAAAUCAACGUUUCUACCAAACUAUGUUCUAAAGGUGCAAAAGAACGAAAUGGCGAAGAUUCAGAAAUAAAUGGGUUCAAAAAGAUUACAAAAUAGACAUAAUCGCGUGGCUAAACGUAAACACUGUAGUGAUAAGACAGAGGAUGAAAACUUGGUAGGCGGACAGCAGAAUGUCGAUGAGAUGUAUUUACAUCAGGGUAAUAGUACUGCUAUCGCCGAGUCAAAGAAGAAAGGGACAAAUAGUAGCGGAGCAAAUGAUGGAGAUUAUAAAUUAGUUCAACACGAAGUUCUUUAUUCGCUAACAAACGCUUAUGAAGUCCUAGAGUUUCUCGGACGAGGUACUUUUGGACAGGUGGUGAAAUGCUGGAAGAAAGGAACAAACGAAAUUGUUGCCAUCAAAAUAUUGAAAAACCAUCCGUCCUAUGCAAGACAGGGGCAAAUUGAAGUUAGCAUUUUAUCACGUUUGAGCCAAGAGAAUGCUGACGAAUUUAAUUUCGUUCGGGCUCAUGAAUGUUUCCAGCACAAGAAUCACACCUGUCUCGUUUUCGAAAUGCUUGAACAGAACCUCUAUGACUUCCUUAAGUGCCAGAAAUUUAAGCCGCUACCGCUUAAGUACAUUCGAGCUAUAACUACGCAGGUGCUAACCGCUCUUCUGAAACUUAAGAGCCUGGGACUGAUUCAUGCAGAUCUAAAACCUGAAAAUAUCAUGCUUGUUAAUCCGACUCGAUAUCCGUAUAGAGUAAAAGUGAUUGAUUUUGGCUCCGCCAGCCAUGUGUCAAAGGCUGUCUGCUCGACUUAUUUACAAUCGCGCUAUUACAGAGCGCCUGAAAUUUUACUGGGUUUACCAUUCUGUGAAGCAAUUGAUAUGUGGUCACUUGGUUGUGUAAUGGCUGAAUUAUUUUUAGGCUGGCCACUCUAUCCGGGUUCUUGUGAAUAUGAUCAAGUACGCUACAUUUCGCAAACGCAAAGUCUUCCAUCUGAGCAUCUCCUGAACGCUGCUACGAAAACUACACGAUUCUUUCGACGUGAAAAUACAGAAUCAAAUUAUCCAUUUUGGCGACUAAAGUCGCCUGAAGAACAUGAGGCCGAGUACAAUAUUAAAUCGAAAGAAGCGAGAAAAUAUAUUUUCAAUAAUCUCGACGAUCUCGCCCAGAUCAAUGUACCCACUGAUUUAGAUGCUGCUGAUGCCCAUGCCGAUAAGGUAGACAGAAGGGAAUUUAUUGACUUACUUAAACGCAUGCUGACGUUGGAUCAGGACAGACGUAUUACGCCUUCAGAGGCACUAAAUCAUGCCUGGAUAACGCUUGGCCACUUUUUCGAGUGCAAUUUACAAACGAACCUAGUUAAGCAGAGCAUAAGCGCAAUGGAAAUUUGCAGGAGGCCAAAGUCUUCUCAUACUCUAUAUGAUCUGCCAACACAGGGACAGACGCCUUCGUCUGCCAAUCUAGCCCUGACGUUCAACAAUAUGAAUUCGCUGACAACUCACAUGGCCGCUGCGGGUGCGGCUGCUGCAGCAGCAGCCGCCCAUUUAAUGGUACCUUGCAGCGGUACGGGAGCCGUACAAACUGCUGAGCUAGCCUAUUUGCCGCGCGUCACUCCGGCUGGAGCCCCCGCUGCCGCUUAUAGCGCGGCGGCAGCGGCGGCUGUCGCUUCCAAUCGCUUGCAACAACACCAUCCGCCUAGAUCUCAGGAUUUAGCCCAUUAUCAGCACCUUGCGUGUAUGACCUCGCCGCCUAAAACGUCAACGGCAGCCGGAGUGACUCAGGCACAGAGUUCUCAUUAUUCUGUGCAUAGAAUUGAUCCUAGCGUACCUCAUUUGCUGACUCAAGUAGGAGCUACUCAACACCUGGUGCCCGUCUCCUUAUUGGAUAACCACGGGAGACAUAUGCUUGUACCCAACGGUGCGGCCUGUGCAGCAGCUGCCGCUUCUGCCGGUGCGGCUAGUUGGGCUGCAUGUGCGGCUAAUGGAGCGCACACGGCUGUUAUAUUACCUCCCUCAACCGGAGCACAAUCAUCCUGGUCUCAGUUCGUUGCUGCUACCACACAUGCUCCUCCAGCAGCUCAUUGCCACAGAUCUAAUGGGUCUACAGAAUCCUGGAGGAGAUCAUUAAUGUCCAGUUUAGAAGUUGAACAAGCAGCAGCAGCAGCUGCCGCGGCUGCUGCGGUUGCAACCGGAGCUAAUCUGUUACCAUCGACUUCCGCUGCCACGGAACAGUAUCUGGUCCAGCCACACCACUUUCUUCUUCACAGGCAAUCUCAGGAUAAGCAGGGCUCCAAUCAAUCGUAUUAUGGCUCUUCUAUAAGUGUCUCGGGAUCAGGCCCUUCACAGUUGUCACCAGUAAAAAAGAGAAUAAAGGAGAAUACCCCACCAAACCAUGGUCCCACUAAUAAAAAUCGUUCGAAGUAUCACUAUCAACCAAUAAUUAUUGAUGAUAAUUCACCGAGUCCAUCUUAUCACGGAGCCAUUGGCCAAACCCGGACCACAAGUUCGAUAAGUGUCAUCACGAUCAAUUCGGACUCUGAAGACGAAAAACGAACUAAGGAUUUUUGUAUGAAACAAGAUUCUUCCCCUGAACGAGGAGAUGUUAAGAAAGCAAUCUCACCAACAAUUGAUAUGCAUCCGAAAACAUCCAGAGCUCCAUGUAGAAUGCCACCAAAGAAACAUCAUAAGAUGCUGCACGCCCUUGAUUCAAAGCCGGUUUUACAGGUGAAAAAGGAACAUCGUCACGUCUCUGUCAAUGUUUGAACGAGUUUUUUUUUGAUUUGUAGAGUAUGUAAUGGAAUUAGUUUUUCCCUUUUUUCUUCUCUUCAUCCUUUUUGUUAUUGAAAAGCCUACUUCAUUAUGUGUUUCAACAUCUGUUGUACCGUUUUAGCAUUAUUGCGGAAUAGAACCGCAAAUCAAAAUUAUCUUUUGGCUUAUGAAGUUCUCGCAUGUUUCCAUUUGUUGUAGUUAUUGAUAGAUUAUGUUCUAUUGCUUAGUCCACAUAUAUAUAUAUAUAUAUAUAUA